GGACAACACCCCGAGCAUCCAACCAUCUAUUCUCCUCCAGACAUCUCUCCCUCACCCCUCUCAUCCGAUCCCUCCGCACACACAUCCCCCUCCCCCUCCCGACCCCUCCUACCACACAGCCAAACAAGCGAUGAUGAUGCUGCUGCUGCGCUCGCGGGCCACCGCCCACCGGUGUAGGGGGCUCCUCUCACAGGCGCUUGUGAAUCGGCCAAAGUCGGCCACCCCGCGCCACUUGGCCCUUGGUGUGGCUGCCGUGACCGGGCUCCUUGCCGGCGGGGCCUGGCUGGCCGGCGAGCAGUCUGCCCUUCGGCCAGCCCCCUCCCCCGGUUGCUGGGGAAUGGCGCACCUCCAUCGGCCGCUCGCCCUCUCUGCCACGCCUCCUUCUAACCUUCAGCCCCCUGCUGACCCCCGGACACAGUCGAGUACUGUGGGAAUGUCUGCCUCAUCGUCCCAGCCGCACGACCUCGUGCAGGCCGCCACCCUUGGCGAAAGCGCCGCCCUCACCACGGGCAUUAUCUUCGACUACGGGCCCGAGGAACAGGCCGCCGCCGCAUCUCCACCACUCCCUGGCAUGACUCGGGUCACGAUCGACCUCGCAGUGGCCAUGCGUUGUGGGAGCUGCUCGGGGCUGGCGCGCCGGGCUCUUACAUCCAUCCUCCAGUCUCCGGAGGCCAGUCGGGUGGUCUUUACGCCGGUGGCCAUCGGCGUGUCACUCCCUGCCCAGCGUGUGCGCGUUGUGCUGGACGUCCUGGCCGAUGACAGCAGCUCGGCCGGCCUCCAGACGCUUGAGGACCUGAUGGUGGCUGCCCUGGCCAAGGAGGAGCUGGAGGUCCGGCCAUCCGGCCGGUCAACCUCCCACGCGGAUGGCGCCAUUGUUGCCGAGUUCAAGUACGCCGAGUGGCCCGCCAUCCCGACAGGCCCCCCUCCUUCCAAGACCGACGCAGCUGGGUCCUACCUCGGGGAGAAUGUCCUUGGCUUCGACACGCGAGCGGACCUCUGGUGGCCGGCCCUGCCGCCGGCCGGCACGCCGGCCAAGGGCAUCUUCCGUGCCACGCAACACACCCCGGAUCGGCUGCUGCUGCAUGUCCGGGUGGAUGGCCUCGCACCGAACCGCACCUAUGGUCUCAUGGUGCAUGAGACCGGUGACGUGCGCGACUCCGCGGCCCCUCUGCGCGCUGGCGACUGUCUGCUCAUUGAUUCGCAACCCGUUGGCAAGCUGCUCAAUGCCACUUCCGACGCCGAAGGACGCAUCCAAUUCGAUGGUCUAUCGCCCCCCUCGACAGCUAGUCUGUCGAUCAAUGACUUCAUUGGAUAUGUGGUGGUCUUGCAUACGUUGCCGAACGACGACGGGCCCACCAAUACCUCGCCGGCAGCCACGUACGCCGUGGUGGCCCGGUCUGCCGGAGCCGGCGAGAAUCCGCGCCUCAUCUGCGCUUGCGACGGGACGCCCGUCUGGCGUGGCGAGUAGGACAGUCUUCCUGUGUUCCUCUCUGCACCCUCCGCAUAAACAACCAAU